AUGCCUCGUUCGCACUACUACCAUCUCAAAUUCGAGCUUUACGCGACGCCUGAUCUGACGGGCGCAAAAACAGUCGAAGACGGGCUGCGACAUCCGGUGUGGCAGCCUGGGCCGGGGGCCAGCAUCUUUGACGACCUGCCGUCACACUACUCGGAAGCACAGGCGGGAAGCGAACAGGGCGAGGGUGAGGGGGACGAGCCAGACGUGGGCGAGCAGGACGCGGCGACGGCGAGAGACUGGCGAUUUGGGAACGUGUGGAUUGCCAGCUUUGAUAUGGAGGACAGCUAUGGAGGCAGCCAUGGAAAAUCGGCAGAGUCGGCAGAUGCGUUAACAUCAACAGCAUCAACAGCAUCAACGGCAUUGGUAGCGACGCCAGCAUCGUCGUUGGGGCCGAUGCUGGGAGGUGCGGGCCAGGCAACGCGGGCACGGUACAGCCAGCUAGCGACCAAGACGACCGAUGCGGGCUGGGGCAUUGUGCAUCUGUACCGGGAAGGCGGAACGGCGGUGGCAAUGCGCGACUCCAGCGGUGGUGAAGAGGACGGCAGUGACGGGACGAUGCUGUGCAUCCCGGCGGUGCCGAGCUACCUGACGCCGCGCGACUUUCUCGGCUUCGUGGGCGAGCGGUGGCGCGGCGACGUCAGCCAUUAUCGCAUGGUGAUGACGAGCCGGACGAACCGUUACAUGGUACUGCUCAAGUUCCGCGAAGCGGCGCGGGCGCGCGAGUGGCGGGCUGCCUUUGACGGAUGUGUGUUCAACAGCAUGGAGGCGGAGAUUUGCCAUGUGGCCUACAUCCGGUCGAUCGGCAUCGAGACACCGGGGCGGUGGCGGACAGCGGCCAACAGUGAGGGAAGGGGUCACUCAUCCGGCUCUCCGCGGCCGUUCCCACCACCGACACCAAACCUGAUCGAACUGCCGACGUGUCCGGUCUGCCUGGAGCGCAUGGACGACACGACUGGUCUGAUGACGAUUCUCUGCCAGCACGUCUUCCACUGCACCUGUCUGCAAACGUGGAAGGGCUCCGGCUGUCCGGUCUGUCGGGCGACCAAUCCGCUGCCGACGGUGGAAGGAGGUGCAGAGGACAAGAGCACGGGCGGUGCGGCAGGGUCGUCACCUAGCAAGGCGACGGCGCCGCCAUUUGGGGCAGGCGUCUCCAAUCUGUGCGCGGUGUGCGACUGCGCGGACGACCUGUGGAUCUGCCUGAUCUGCGGCAACGUGGGUUGCGGGCGAUACAAGCGGGGCCAUGCCAAGGACCACUGGAAGGAGACGGCACACUCGUUCAGCCUGGAGCUGGAGACGCAAUACGUGUGGGACUACGCGGGCGACAUGUGGGUGCACCGGCUGAUCCGAGCCAAGGGCGACGGCAAGGUGGUGGAGCUGCCGGGACGAUCGAGACGGCGAGGAGGAGAAGGGGGCACGAGGGGGCAGAGAGUAGGAGAAGGGGGGCGAGUCAACGAGGACUCGAACCCGGACUCGGACAGCUCGGACGACGCGGACGAGGGCGACGACGAGGAAGAGGUGGUGCCGGCAGCGAAGCUGGAGCGGAUUGGGCUGGAGUACACGCACCUGCUGACGAGUCAGCUGGAGAGCCAGCGGGUGUACUUUGAGGAGCUGGUGAGCAAGGCGGCAGACAAGGCGGCAGCGGCAGCGGCGACGGCCGAGCAGGCGGCAGCACAGGCGGCACAGACGACGGACGAGCUGCGGGUGCUGCGGGCGGCCCAUGACAUGCUAGCCCAGACGACGAUGCCGGCACUGGAGCGCGAUGUCGAGCGAGAGCGGCGACGGGCCGACAAGGCGGCAGAGCUGGCACGCAACCUCGGCCGGUCGCUACAGGAGGAGAAACGGGUGUCGGAGGGCCUGAUGACGCGGAUCCGCCAUCUGCAGGACCAGACAACACAGGCACAGGCACAGGCAGCCGAGGCCCUGGCAGCACAGGCGGAGCUGCAGGAGGCCAACCGCGAUCUGACCAUGUUUAUUUCGGGACAGGAGAAGCUGCGGGAGUUGGAGGCCGAUGGACAGGCCGUCCCGACCGGAUCCGCCGGCGAGUGCGUCUCGUGUCUCUCUUUCUGCACUCUUUCUCGCGACCGUGUCCAAGCCCGGACACGAUCUCUCUCGGCUUCCUCGCUUCCUCGCUUCUCGACCGAAAUGGCAGAGGAACAGAAGACCAACGGUGCCGUCGUGGCGGACGGACAGGCGGAAAAAGACCUGUACCCGAUGAGCAACUGGAAAUAUGACACGUUCCUCUGGACCAUGUCGAUCCUGGUCGACCUCUUCUUCCGCGAAGUGCAUCCACGGGGUUCGUGGAAGAUCCCGCGUGACGGCCCGGUGCUCUUCGUGGCAGCCCCCCACGCGAACCAGUUUGUGGACGCGCUGAUCCUGCAGCGCACACUGCACAACGAGGCCAAGCGGCGGGUGUCGCUGCUGAUCGCGCAGAAAUCCGUGCACGGAUUCAUCGGCUGGGCAUCGCGCCAGGUUGGGUCGGUGCCGGUUGGCCGAGCACAGGACUCGGCCAAGCCAGCUGCCGGCACCAUAUACCUGCCGGACCCGGUCAACGAUCCGACGCUGCUGCGUGGAGUCGGCACCUCGUUCGACACGGUGGCGGCGGUGGGCAGCAUGAUCUUCCUGCCGUCGGUCAAGGGCAAGAGCGGGUCGAGCGUGGACAUUGCGGAGAUCCUGGGGCCCGACACUGUCCGGCUCAAGCGGCCGUUCCAGGGCCGGACGUCGAUGAUGCAGCUGACCGGCUGGACGGCCAUCACAGACCUAGACGAGGACGGGCACUUUCUCGGCUCGAUCUCGGGUCCGGCGCCGGGAUUUCAAGGUACCAAGUUCAAGCUGGCAGCCCACAUCGACCAGACCAAGGUGUACCAUGCCGUGUUCAACCGGCUGCGCAACGGCGGCUGUGUCGGCAUCUUUCCCGAGGGCGGCAGCCACGACCGCACCGGCAUGCUGCCGCUCAAGGCCGGCGUGGCAAUCAUGGCUCUGGGAGCACUGGCUGAGUCGCCUGACUGCGAUCUGCGGAUCAUGCCGGUGGGCAUGAAUUACUUCCACGCACACAAGUUCCGGUCGCGGGCGGUGGUGGAGUUUGGGCCGCCACUGUCGGUGCCGGCCGAACUGGUGGCCAUGUACCGGGAUGGCCGGCGUCGUGACGCGAUCGCGCAGCUGCUGGAUAUGGUGCACCAGGCGCUGGCGGCCGUGACGGUGUCGACGCCCGACUACGACACGCUGAUGCUGAUCCAGGCGGCACGGCGGCUGUACAACCCGACGGGCAAGAAGCUACCACUGCCAAUGGUCGUGGAGCUGAACCGACGACUGGCCAUGGGCUACGACAAGUACAAGGACGACGAGCGGGUGCGGGCAGUGACCGAGGCGGUCAAGGACUACAACCGGCAGCUGCGAUACCUCAACAUUCGCGAUCACCAGGUCAACUACGCGCGGCUGCCGUGGUGGAAGGUGUCGGCGCUGUUUGUGCUGCGACUGGUGCAGCUGAUGGUGCUGUCGGUCGGCGUGCUGCCGGGGCUGUUGCUGUUUGCGCCGGUCUUUGUGGUGACAAAGCUGUACAGCCGGCGGAAGGCAGCCGAGGCGCUGGCCGGAUCGUCGGUCAAGAUCCAGGGCCGCGACGUCAUGGCCACGUGGAAGCUGCUGGUGGCCAUGUUCUUUGCGCCGAUUCUGUACAACGCCUACUGCGUGCUGUUUGUGAUCAAGUUCGGGUCCGACCGGCUGUGGGGCUACGUGCCGGCCUGGGCAACCGAGGCGCCCUGGUGGCUGGUCUUUCUGACUGGCUGGAUCGUCUUUCCGCUGAUUACGUUUGCGGCCUUGCGUUUUGGCGAAGUCGGCAUGGACAUUGUCAAGUCGUUGCGGCCGCUGGUGUUGUGCAUGAUCCCGGCCUCGAGCUACAACAUCCACAAGCUGCGCGAGCGACGGGCCGAGCUGCAGGUGCGCGUGACCGACCUGGUCAACACGCUGGGCCCCGAGAUGUUCCCGGACUUUCCACACAAGCGGCUGGUCAAGGUGCCGGUGGGCAACGGCGACGCACGGCUUUCCGGCAGCACGACAUCGCGGCCUGCGACGGCGACACAGACGACGACACAGACGACGACACAAAUGUCACCGCCCUCGGUCCAGCACCGACGCCACGACAGCGAGCAGUCCAGCGGCAGUGGAUCGGGCACCGGCACCGGCACCGGGAUCACCAUCACCGUGGGCGCCACACAGUCAGGCCGUGCUGUUCCGCGCAACGAGUCAUUCAGCAACAUCGGCAAGGUGGGCAUCUUUCCGACACGGCCACCGUCGCGGUCGCGGUCGCGCAGCAGCAGCGCAGGCGGUGGGUUUCCCGUCAGCGGGUUCACCACACUGGAUGCCAACGGCGGCUUUGACGAGGCCAGCAAGAAGAUCCGCGAGGCGAUGCGGGAACGCGGCGAGCUGAGGCGACGACAGAGCCAGUCGGCCAAGGACUUUUCGCUGAUGGCGGACGAGGAUGAGGAAGAGGAGGAAGAGGGUGAGGAGAAGCAGGACGAGUGA